UUACACAAGAUGGCGGCCACCGUGGCGGCAGCGUUUAGUAAAGUUUGCAGAUCUUUUAUUUCUUCAAAUCCAGCGCUUCAAUCUCCAACUGCAAGAGGAUUAGCCAAGGACACGCUUCCUUGUUUAAGAAGAUUGGUUCACACUGAUGGAAUUAGCUAUGAAUUUAAGCCAGAUAGACUUAAACAGAUUAACGCAUCACCCAGUGGAUGGGUUCCUCCUGCUACUGAAAAGCCAAACUUGCCUUUCUUCAUUAAAAGAAGCAAAUACAACAACAUUCCAGUAUAUACGGAUUAUAGAAGUGGAAGAACUCGAAAGUUAACGAUAAUAAGGAGAGUCAAAGGAGAUCUAAAGGCACUAGAAGAAUGUCUGAAAAGUCACCUUGGAAAUGAUAUUAUUACCUCAAGAAAUGAACUGACAAGCCAAGUAAAAAUAAGAGGAAGUUACAAAGAUGAAGUCUUCACUCUGCUGAAACGCUUGGGAUUCUAGGAAUUCCAUAUCAAAGAAAAGUACUUCUUUGAAAUAUUAGAAAAGUUCAUAAAACUCCUUUGGAUGUGGAUUACUGAGAAGAUAUGUUGGUGUGACAUGCCACUGAAGUUAACAGCUAUCAUGGAUGUAAAAAUGUUUCACCACUCCAGCAGAUAAUGGGCUCAAGAAUCAAAUAUUAAAAAUGCUCAGCAUGAUGAAGUGAAAAGUUUAUCAAUAUAAAGUCAACAACCAUCUUUGUCUCAGCCCUUUGACCCCUAAGAAUGACAGUAAUAACAUGUAGUUUCUCCUUGAAAUAUCACAUCUGAAUCACACAUGAAGGUCACAACAUAAAAGGAAAUGAUUGCAUGAUAAAGAAGCUCUUGAUUUUUAGAAUAAUUUAAUUUUGUCAGCACCUCAGUAAAUGUAUAGAGAUCAGUAGGGAGAAUAUGCAUACUGAUGUUAGAGUGUAAAGGGUUGGCAAAUGGGAAAUAAAAAUUUCAUCAUGCUUUGAGGGAAUGUUUCUUUUUCAGUGCUAAUAUGUAACUGGAUAGAUUCUUCUAACAGUCUCAAAGUGAUGUGGAUGGAUUGAGAAGGACGUUCAAGUAUACAAUACAGCUUUAACUGAACAUUUAACCUCAAUAUUUCUCAUAGGCUAAAAAUGAUAUUUUAAAGCAGAGUUCGUUGAACUUUUAACAGCUCUAAGUAGUAGAAUUUUGUUGUAGAGAUAUCUGUAAUUUGUAAUAAAAAUAUCCAUGACUAUAUUCUGAUCUCCUCUUACAGCUACCCCUCAUGACAGCCAUGCUCAAGUCUACAGUUACAAGGAAAUUUGUUUCAAUUCUCUGUAGAUUCCUUAAUAUUUACUAUUGUUGAAACCACAACAUUU